AUGGAGCUGGCGUGGCUGGCGGAGACCCCGCAUUCCAAUCAUCGGAGAAGGGUUCUACGGGCGUGUCCCCAGUGUCAGAUACGAAAGAAACGGUGCCGCCAUGUUGAACCGGUGCCCAGCCCCAGUCGAUCCCGGAUUAUCAACCGUCGUCAACACAAGUCCGCCUCUGAUGGCACUCAUCCUUCUGCAGCGAGUUCAGCAUCAGAGAGUACUGCCAGUCCUAAGACUCCCGGUCCUAUUGAAGAGAGCACCCGGCCAGAUCGAUUCCUUGGCGCGAUGAAUCCUGAAGCAUUGAUCCGGGAAAAGUUGGAUGCUGCUACUAAUGUGAAUCCACGGCGUGACCGAAUUGGUCUCUGGAUUACUUCUCCGGUAGCGGAGAGACGCCAGAAAGAUGCUCAGGAUGGGGCGAUUUCUGUCUCACCAUACCCGGUGGAAUUGCAGACCAUUGCGGAUCAACUUCGCCAGAAACAUGAGUCUGCCCUGACGGCCUGCAUGAGAUUACCAUUUUUCACUCUACAUCACUUGAUUCCGAUGUAUUUUUUGAAAGUGAAUCAUAUCCUCCCCAUCGUUGACCAAGAUGCUUUUCUCACGGCUCAAGCGGAGGGCACAGUGUCGCCGUUUCUGGAACGAGCUAUUUGUCUGGUCGCGGCAAAAGACAAAGCGGCUGCUCCAUACCUUCGCCUUCACAACAAUGGCCCCGUUGUAUUACCGGCGGAGUUUUGCACCGAUAUCUAUCGAGGUCUUUCGGUUGUCAUCAACGAGGGCCUGGAACCGGACAGGAUCACCCGAAUCAGAGUGCUGGCGUUGAUGUCACUACAUUGUGAAGAUUCCGAAGGAACGGAAGCAGCCUCCAUGCACCUUUACCGAGCCGUUCAUCAGGCCCAAGCAGUGGGAUUACAUUUGGUUCGACCAGGGAAUACGGAACAUCCGUUGUCUGGGCUGUUCUGGUGUCUCUGGACGCUGGAUAAAACGCAUGCUUGCAUGGGUGGCCGCGCAGUGCUCUUGGCCGAUCAGGACAUUAGCAUCAAGAAGCCUGCAGCUAUAAGAAACCAGCUGUCACGACCGCGGACUGCAUUCGAGGUGUGGUUUGCCAUUUCGGAUUUAUUGUCCGAUGUGAUAUAUUUGUAUCGACCCGGUGCAGACCAUACUUCUCGAGCGGCUCGGUGGGAGAAGGGCUUUCCGAAUUUUGACGAAAUUAUCGGCUGUGGGGUUGACGAAGACAUUGAUAUUGGCACACUUGCAGGUUUCCUCGAAUUAUUCUAUCAUGUAGUGGGCAUCCUGUUCGCCAGAAACCACAGCCCGGAGCACACCGAAAGUCCUAGCCCGUUUCAUAUUCGACAAGAUCAUGCCGCUAUCCGAAUCCAGUCCAUCGCUGCACGAGAAUACAUCGACGAGCUGCCCCCUCUGCCAAUUGUGCCCUAUGCCUUGUCGCUAUCCAUGGGCGUGUCUUAUCAGCAAUACCGAUCGAGCAAUCUAAUCACGCAUCUCAGUCGAUCCAAAGCGGACCUGGAAGCUCGAUGUAGCUUGCUGGAGAUUCUGAGGCCGUACUGGUACUCUGCGGACAAGAUGGCGCAGUUGGGGCGCAAGGCGCUCAACCAGAUCCAGGAAGGGCCGGGUCUACCCACACUCAGCGCAAUGCAGGCCCCCGAGACAGGUAUUCGAACAGAAGCCAGUCAAGGGAAUCGCAUCACUUGGGUUAAUUCGACUUCGACUGAUGUAAUGGGGGAGAAUACAACCAAUGUCGCUCAAGGUGCACGUAGUGAUAUACAAGAAUUGGGUCUAGGUGGCUUUGCAGAUAUUGACGUCUUGUUUGGUGACUUUCUGGAUCUGUCGCUACCCAAUGGAUUUUGGGACCCUGACUUC